CUCCAACUCGUGCUGGAAUCAUUCGUGAACGCAAUAAUGUCCUGCUAUUGUACCAGAGGGAACAAUUGCUUGUUGAUUUGACCUUCAAUAACCCCUGAGAUUAUGAACUCUCUGCGAAUGAAAUGAUGGGACGAGAGAAACCUGUCUGGAUCGAUCUUCGCAGAUGCGCAGGCUAAAGUUAUAAUCUCCUCAUUAUUUUCUUUUGUCUAUUGCAUCGAUGAUUAUCCAUUAAUUUCGAUGAUUAACAAACCAUAAACAGCAACGAAGAUUUAUAAAAAAAAUUAGGAAAACUGUUUUUAUUUUCAGGAUUUCAAGAUGAAAGGAUAAUUUUGAAAUUCGGAAAUAAUCAAAACACAAAUUCGAGUUUCAAUUGACUAUUUAUUAUCUUUACGGUGCGUAGGCGAAUUAUUGAUUAUUCAAUUAAUAUUUUGAAAUGAGUGCAGGAAUUAGAUGGACGAAAAUUCUUUGAGAACAUUGUGACGGUAAAGGUACAGAGACUUUUCGUAAAAUGUUCCUCCAUUUGGAAUUACAAUUUUAAGAAAGAACAUCUCUCCGUGGUGUAAUGAUUUUCAUGAGUCCCUUACCAAGUACAAGUAAUUACGUCCCUCAAACCAUUAUGUUGUGCGAAUAGUGCGAGUGAAUUACAAUACUUCCACACUAAACUAAAUAACUCACUUGUUGAUAAUCACUAACAGGCAGUAUCUGGGUUACGAUUAAAAUACUGGAAUGUUACUCGAAAAACAUUAAUAAUUCUCAAUGAUUACUGGAAUAGUUCCACAAUUUUCUCAUCGAGAACCGAGGAUUAAAUAUAUCCAAGUACCUUCUACACUUUUCAAUUAUCAAAUCUGUUUAUUAAAAAAAAAAUCAGAAAUGCUGUUAUUGCUAAUUUUUCACGAAUAAUACAUUUCGUUUAUUCCUAUUUCUCUAUUUCUUUUUCUCCUCUUUUUCUUCCGAUUCUCUUCAUUUUCACUGACACACAUUUAAUUUCGCAGAAUGAAUUAUGAGUUUCUAAUGGUUAUAAAUGAAAUAAAACAUCGCUUCAUCGUUUAAAUAGACUAAUCAAUGGAAGAAAAAAAUUAGGGAAAGUACUUGGAGGUCCUUAAAUACCGUAUUUAAUGUGAAUUCUCGGGUAGGCUCUCUUUCUUGGAUUUCGGAGUGUCGACAAUUGCGGGUUUUCCAGUGUGAAUAAUGGGAAUAGUUUUUUCACCCUCCACCUUAUUUUCAACUUUACGUGGAACAAUGAUGGAGAGAACUCCAUCAGAAGAUAAAGUCGAUUGGACCUGUUCGAUGUCGCACUGCUCCGGAAUCUGAUACCUCCUGCAGAACUGUCUGGAGACCCAUCCGUGCUCGUCCUUCUUGUCAUCGUGUUUCCCCUCGACGAUGACAGAUCCAUCCAGGAGUUUCACGGAGAUCUCCUCCGGGGCGAACUGCUGGACAUCGAGAGAAACGUGGAAGCUGUCCUUAUGUGGCUUUACAGUGGACACACCCUGUGGACGUGCCACUGCCCAGGGUCUCUGGUAUACCAUGGGGCAUCUUCCUAGUCCUCGGACAUGCUGAAGUGGUGCAUGGGACCUGGGGUGGCGAUGGGCCUCGUGCAGGACGUCGUGGUGAAUUCCAUCACCGAAAUAUUGAUCCACCAGGCUGUGGGGAUGAUCCAACUCUUCCCACCAGUUAGAAUGAAAGAUCGAUGACAGGGACAUUGUUUAUUCAAUGAUUUUUUAACUUAUUUUAAAGUUUUUAAGUGGAAUGGACACUGGGACGUGCUCAACUGUGAGUGAACUACGAGUGAAUGAUAGUUCAACAGCUUUUUGGUCAUGAAUUUUGGAUUUAGAUAAAUGAAUGAAGAAUAAUUAUAAUUGAUAUCGUAAUUGCAACGAUGGUGAUAAUAAAUUUUUCGAAGUUAUUUAUGAGAACAACUGUAAAUUAUGAAAUAGUGAUACCAUUUUGAGAUAGAUUAUUUUUUAUUUCUCACCGGUUUUUUUUCUGUACAAAGGGGAAUAAACAGCUGUCUGGUACCUCUAUAUAUGUCGUGGUAACAUGUGCAGAUACUUUUUCAUGAUAUUUGCGCUUCAAGUCCAUGUUUUCCAUGACAAUGAUUUUAGAACCUUCGAGACCCCCGAAAUGGUGAAGAAUCCGUUGGGAAUUCAAGCGAGAUAGAAUUCUAGAGAUUUCGAUUUUGAAUGUCGCGUGACGUAAUUAAAAAAAAAAUUAAAAAUCCAUUGAAAAAUGACAAAUCGACAAAGUGGAUUAAAAAAUGGAUUUCGCAUAGUGAUGAUCUUUUAGAGUUAAAAUGACGAUGUGUUGUUGAAAAUAAACAUGAGAAUUUGAGCGAAUCUUCCCGAAACGUCUCGAUGCUCUAUUGAAACGUCAGGGGGGAUGUUAGUGGUAUAAAAGCCGUCGGCGCAGCUCGAGUCGUCAGUCCAAAAAUAAGAAGCAAAGAGUGAACUUUGAAAAAAUUUGAAGACAAUUUCAAUGAGGUCAAGAAUGACUUUGGUACCGAGGCUGUUUUCUCACUGGUGGGAGUCCCUGGAUCGCCCGCAUCGUCUCCUGGACCAGAACUUCGGGGUUGCCCUACGUCCCGAGCAAUUCAUGAGGGACUUUGACAAAAUCACCGACAGAGUCAUCCGGGACUUCGAGAGAAGCUGGGCCCCUACGACCUAUUACAGACCCUGGGCAGACCUCAUGAGAGAUGACAAUGCCGGAUUCUCGGUGGUCAAUGCCGAUAAGGACAAGUUCGCCGUGUCCUUGGAUGUUCAGCAGUUCAGUCCCGAGGAGGUGAACGUCAAAGUCGUCGAUAAGUACAUCAUCGUCGAGGGCAAGCAUGAGGAGAAGAAGGACGAUCAUGGUAUUAUCUCUCGUCACUUCGUCAGGAAAUAUCUCGUUCCGGAACAGUGCGACUCGGAGAAGGCCAGUAGUACUUUGUCGUCUGAUGGGAUUCUCAGCAUCACUGUCCCCAGGAAACCUGAAUCCAUUGAGGAGAAGCAAGAGAUACCCAUCAAGAUUCAACACACUGGCAAACCCGCUAUCGAGGACAAGUCUGAGGGACCCACUAAAGUCGCCGCCAAACAGUGAAAUUGGGAUUAUCUCUUCUACCAAUUACCAUCCCAAAUAAUUAACUUUUUAUGAUGAGAAGACUAAUUUUAAUACUGCGAACAAAUUAUCAAGCUAAUUUUUUUUUUUACUGCAAUUGAUCAUGUUUAUGAAUUGGCUUGGAAAAGAUCAUCCUCUCGCCCUGUGUAAUUUUUAAUUAUUGUUUUGUAUUUAUAGAAGAAGCAGUCAUUAUCAUUGAGUUGCUGAAUUUUUCAUUGGUCCGUAUAUGAAUGAAGGGCUAACUGUUGUGAACGAGAAAUUAAGCAAAGAAUUAUAAAAAAUAAAAAAAAAAGUAUAAAUAUA